AUGCUCUCUGCUUUGUUGCUACUCUGUUGUUGUAGUAACAGGAAGAUUAACCGCGAGGAUCAAGUGGCCCUGGUUAUACAGCUAGUUAGCUAGCUCUUAGCUAGAUCUAUAGAAAUAAAAUACAAGUUUAUCUGUCUUACAAGUGUGUAUGUGCAUGACAGUAUAGACACGUCUACGUAAGUGAUCCACAAACUAAACUGACUUUAUCUAAUUAGCUUCCCAUAUCUAAAGUAACUUGUGAGUCACCUCAGUGUUAUUUAGCUAACGCUUGCCUGAGUAUUUGUCUGGGUAGACUCUUAACAUCUUCGUUUGAGGGUAAAGCUAGGUAAAGCUAGGUAAAGCUAGAAGGUAGCUGUUCGCAGCUAACGCCGGAUGUAUGCUAAUUGUGAAUAACUAUCGGAAAACACGAAUUUGUAGCUGGCAGAUGCCAUGGUAAAGCCCACGCCCUUGAUCCCAGAAAGAUUUAACCGGACAGCUCGUCCCCUUUCCCUAUGGAGAUGUCACCUGUGACCGGGGGUAAGGAGAGCUCUGAAUCCUCCUCAGAUGAGGAGCAGGAAGACCAUCCUUGCAUCAACUGGAGCGGCCUUAGCAAGUCAAUCCCUGUUUUCUUGUUUUACCCUGAAGCAGUUGUUUCAAAGGAUGAGAGGAUCUGCUCUGUGGGAGAGCGAUACCACAUGGCCUUCAAGAUCGUUCGCACAGAGAGCCGCCUUGUACGAGGGAUACUCACCAAUCAUGGAUUCCAUGAGGUUCAUCCAAACAAUAAUGACUUUAAUCUCCUGUGGACGGGAUCUCACCUCAAGCCUUAUAUACUACGCAGCCUGCAAGACUUCCAGAAGGUCAACCACUUCCCCAGGUCAUACGAACUGACGCGCAAAGACCGUCUCUAUAAAAACAUCCAGCGAAUGCAGCAGACUCAUGGCUUCAAGUACUUCCAUAUUGUUCCUCAGACCUUUGUGCUUCCAUCUGAGUACCCAGAAUUCUGCAAUUGUUUUGCCAAGGACAAGGGCCUAUGGAUUAUUAAACCAGUAGCAUCUUCAAGAGGGCGGGGCAUCUACUUGGUCAGCAAUCCAAAUCAGAUCUCGAUGGAUGAAAACACCUUGGUGUCUCGCUAUAUUAAUAACCCACUCCUAAUUGAUGAGUUUAAGUUUGACAUGCGGUUGUAUGUGUUGAUAACAUCGUACGAUCCACUACUCAUCUAUGUGUAUGAGGAGGGUCUGGCUAGAUUUGCCACAGUCAGGUAUGACCGGACUUCAAAGAACAUUAAGAACACAUUCAUGCAUCUCACUAACUACAGUGUGAACAAAAAGAGCAGUGACUAUGUCAGUUGUGAUGACCCUGAAGUUGAGGAUUAUGGGAACAAGUGGAGUAUGAGUGCAGUGUUGAGGUAUUUGAAGCAGGAGGGGAAGGACACCACAUUGCUGAUGAGACAGGUAGAGGACCUCAUCGUCAAAGCUGUUUUAAGUGCUCAGCUACAGAUAGCUGCUGCCUGCGAGAUGUUUGUUCCCCACAAGACAAACUGCUUUGAACUGUAUGGUUUUGAUGUGCUCGUUGAUUCCAAUCUGAAACCCUGGUUGUUAGAGGUGAAUCUUUCUCCAUCCUUGGCGUGCGAUGCACCCUUGGAUCUGAAGAUAAAGGCCAGUAUGAUUGCAGACAUGUUUUCACUUGUGGGCUUUGUCUGUCAGGACCCCCACUCGAGACAGCCGCGCUCUGACCGAGUCACCCUGGACCCCGGCCUCAAGCACCCGGCAGCACAGAGAGCACAGAAACCUCUUUCUGCACCGACAGCCACUGCACACAGGAGAGUGCGCCAGAGCCCUGCAUCAGCCAGUAACUCAGAAACAGAGGCGUCAAAAGACAAGCAAAGUACUAAACAACGCCCAGGAAACAGCACUCUGAACCUGAGAGCUGAUGAGAUCAAAGUACUGAGGAGGAUACAGGAAGAGGAUGAGAGACGAGGAGGCUUCAUUAGGAUCUUUCCCACAGCAGAAACAUGGGAACUCUAUGGUGGAUAUCUGGAGUCGAAGACAUCAAUGAACUACAUGCUGGCAAACAGACUUUUCCAUGGAAGGAAUGUGAAUGGGAAUGUGCAGCUGCAGGUGGAUGCCGUCCAUGGCUGUCAUGUUGUCCAGUAUGAGAGGAAGCUGUUGUCUCUGGAGGCACGUAAGAGGAAACAGCGGCACUUGACUCAUCGCUCUUCUGCAGGGAAGAAAAAACUGGGAAGGGAAUCCAAGGCGUCCUUGACUGAGAGCGGCAGCAUUCAGAAGCGAGAGGAGCGUGCUCAGGAGGAAAAAGAGGAGGUGAAACAAGUUCUUGAGCCAGUCUUACGCAAGGCGUUGGUAGCAGAGCAAAGGAAACAAGUGGCCACACCAUUGGAGUGGUGCCAUAGUGAGGCUCCGUCCAGCUCAGAGGUAGCCACGCACAAGCCCAGAGUCAACCUGCUAAGCAUCCUUCAGCAGGGCUGGGACCUUAGUAAGGUGCAGGCUCGAAUGGCCUUUUCUUCUUACCUGCAGAGAGUCCAACAAAGACUGUUAGCAGAGAGCAGAACUAACACCAUCCCAGCUUGGCCAGACAAGGACAAUGAUCAAAUGGAGCUGGUGAUUCGUUUCCUGAGAAGAGCAGCCCAUAACCUUCAACAGAAUAUAAAGGUGGUUUUGCCCAGUCGCCAGUUACCACUGCAGGACCGCAGACGCAUCCUCUCCAACCAGUUAGGGGAGUUUAUCCAUUGUUACAACAAGGAAACUGAACAUAUGUUGAAAAAACAAGAGAAUAGCAAAGAGGAGGUUUGUGUUAACCCCCUGGUAUUUCAGGAAUACAUCACAUCAGCAAGUGAAAAUGAUCUGGAGGAAAUACUAACAUUUUACACACAGAAAAAUAAAUCAGCCACCAUCUUUCUAGGAACAAAAGUCAGGAGUGUUAAGAAAGACUCCGAAGAUUCAGUCAGCUAUGAGAAUUCCCAAUUUCUGCCUAUGACCAAAGAGGAUUCCAGUGCUUUAGAGUCCUCGCUCUCCACAGGGAAAGUCAGCAGUGACCCGGACAUCAAGGACUCUGAGAGUCAGCCUUCUGUCCGUAUGUUGUCUGAAGACCAACAGGCAGUGGUUCGAACUGGCUCUAAGACUGUGUCAACCGAGCAACUGAAUCACGUGCUCAGAAGAGUUCGGUCCUUUACCUCAACCACAACUGGAGCAUCUUCCUCCAUCACAAGUGCCAUGCACAUCUAUAGCCAGAAGCUCUGUAGACCCACAUCUGCAGGCCAAGUUAACAGCAGGAGCAGUUCCAGUAAGCUGAAGUCAAACUCAGUGGGAGCCUUUAAGGAGUUAAACUCCCUGUCUGCCCAGGUCCAGUCUAACCAGCAGGCAUUCAUUUCAACCCUGCAAAAGCUGGCUGACAAUCAGGCUGCUUGCCACUCUGCCAGCUCCAAUCACAUCAACCUGCUGACACAACAUUUGACCAAUCUGAACCUGGCAAGCAGGGUGCUGGGCAGAGAGAGCUUCACACUGAACCCCAAGGUGCAGCAUACCGCUGCUAUGACCCAACGACCAGUGAAAGCCAUUCACUCUGGAACAGAGCUACUAAGCAGUGCUGGGGCACUGAAGGAUGAGGAGAGUCAUGGGGAUGGGAAGAUGCAGAAUGCCUAUAGCUUGGUGACAGGGGUGAACCCCCAGCAGCACUACCAGCCCCCCCAGGGAAGUUACCAGCUUCAGUUUGCUAUACACCAACUGCAACAGCAGAACCUUCAGUCUCGACAACUUCAGGACCAAAGCCAUUGCAGACACCAGGCUCAAUGUCCAGACCAGACAAGUGUUCCAGACACCCAGAAACCCACAGACUCAUCCAGUUGCCCUCCAUCCAGCUUUCAUGUUUGGUCUAAUCCCAGCCAUAGCCAAAACCAUAUCCAGACCUGUGUUCGUCCUGUUCUUGCCCCAAAGCCACCCCACGGUGCUCGAGAGGGUUUGAUCAGGAAAACGGCAACAAAGCGCCUCAUCAAACAGACAUCCUCAGAGGGUUCAGCCAGUGGAUCUGUGUCCAGCAGCAAGCAUAUGAUCUACAAAGCCAUCUGUGGUAAAACAGGUCUUUCUGUGUACCGCAAGCUGUUCCAGGGCCAGGAGCCCAGCCACAGAUGACAUGAAGGCAGCCAGAGGCACGUCCUGCCGCUCUGCUGGCCUGACAGGUGUCUCUGCAUGUAACUACAUCCUCACAUAGGUGUGUUCUGGGAAAGAACAACAGCAACAGAUUAAAGCAUGCCAGACAUCGAACAG